AUGAAAGGGACCGUGCUAACCGGUGAGAAGUUUGUGAUGUCUACGUUACGGUUUGAUCUCGAAAUCGAACACCCUUAUGAACCUGCUCUGGAUUGGGCCGAGGCAGGUCGCUCGGCUGCUAUAUAUCUCGGCUCGGACAUUGUGAAAGUGAAGUUACCGUGUGAUGGGAAGAAAGAUUGGUGGCUAGAGUUCAGUGUAACAAACGUCAAUUAUUUGAUAUUUGUAUCCAGACGCUUGGAAUUUAUCAACAAGACUUCUUCCGGUUAA